UGUAAUCAUCGCGGGCUUGAAAACUUUCAAGUUGAUCUCUGUCGGAUGACGGUGUGCCGAUCAUUAAGGGUCAUUGAGGACCUAAGUGUAUAGAUUGACUGUUUUGCUAUCGGAUAAGUCCAUACAUCUCGUCUAUUUUACGUAAUCCCGAAGAGAAUGAUCUCUCUUGGUCUUCGAAUCUCCGAUCGUCUGCCCCGAAACUGAAAUCAAACCUGGAAAUUUUUGCAUCGAGCCACUUCGAGUGCUUCAAACACGUCAUCGGUUUUCUGAAGCUGUUGACCUCGAUCAGCUUCAUAGUCUCUCCUCUCUUAGAAUUGUUUCCAUCCAACAACUUCCUCCCUCCAUCCAUCCAUCCUCAAUCCUCUCUUCAACUUUCCACUUUAUCCCGGUAUUUAGUAGUAAGUCCAGCUGGGUAGCACUCAACAAGCAAUAGCGGGGUUUGUUGGAAUCUGAAAUAAGAAAUCCAAUCUCCACCCAUCCUACCUUCCUCAUUCCUCAUCUUGACCGCCUAAACAUUGUAUUCAUAUUGCGAUUGGAUCGCUUACUUCACUCUCCAAACGUUAAGGCUUGUCUUACUGUCUCAUCUCCCAUUCCUUGCCUGUUUUCCUAUCAUCGUCCUCGAAUCCAGUCAAAUCAUCAUCACCACCAAGCAAACAAGAUGGCCCAUCUACUCCAUGGCCAUGCCGGAUCUCCCUUGGCUCGCACCGGAUCCCCUCUUACCAGAACUGGCACUCCGAUGCAGGUUUAUGAGGAGUCCAGCAGUCACGUGUCUGGUGGGAUGCCCCACUACCAUCUGGUUGGCAAAGACAUGAAAAUGUUUUCCGAAGCUGGAUUUGACAUGGAUAAAAUUCACAUCAAGCGUAAUGCGCCGGUUGCCCAAUUAUAUGAAGAUGCGAUCAGAAACGAAGGGGCAAUUAUAUCAGCCUCUGGUGCUUUGAUCAACUUUUCAGGCAAAAAGACCGGACGAUCUCCAAAGGACAAACGAAUCGUCUACGAAGAAACUAGUAAGGACCAUGUAUGGUGGGGAAGCGUGAACAUCAAGAUGGACGAGCAUACGUUCGAAAUUAAUCGGGAGCGUGCUAUCGAUUAUCUCAACACGAGAGAAAACGUCUACGUGUUUGACGGUUUUGCCGGAUGGGACCCGAAAUACCGAAUCAAAGUUCGAGUAAUCUGUGCACGUGCUUAUCAUGCGCUCUUUAUGACUAACAUGCUCAUUCGACCCACCGAAGCCGAUUUGGAUGAUUUCGGUGAACCUGAUUUUACCAUUUACAACGCUGGCCAAUUCCCCGCGAACCGGUUCACCAGUGGAAUGACAUCGGCCACUUCAGUUGAAAUAAAUUUCAAGAGGCGCGAAAUGGUCAUUCUUGGAACUGAAUACGCUGGUGAAAUGAAGAAAGGAAUUUUUUCAGUCAUGCAUUAUCUUCAACCAGUCAAGUUCGGCCAGUUGUCGUUGCAUUCUUCGGCCAACGAAGGUCCAAAUGGGGAUGUUUCCUUGUUCUUUGGUCUUUCAGGCACUGGCAAAACCACUUUGUCUGCUGACCCGGCUCGCAUGCUCAUUGGCGAUGAUGAGCAUGUCUGGUCUGAUAAUGGCGUUUUCAACAUUGAAGGCGGAUGUUACGCUAAAUGCAUCGGUUUGAGUGCGGAGAAAGAGCCAGAUAUCUACCGAGCCAUUCGCUUUGGAGCUAUCCUCGAAAACGUGGUGUAUGACGGUGACUCUAGACAGCCAUGCUAUGACGACGCCAGCAUCACUGAAAAUACGCGAUGUGCUUAUCCCAUCGAGUUCAUUCCAAAUGCGAAAAUCCCGUGUUUGUCAACCGCGCAGCCCACCAAUGUCGUCUAUCUCACUUGCGAUGCAUACGGCAUAUUGCCGCCUGUUUCCUUGCUUACUCGCGCGCAAGCCCAAUAUUGGUUUUUGAUGGGAUACACGUCAAAGACCCCCGGAACUGAAGAUGGAGUUACCGAACCUACUCCAACUUUUUCUACCUGUUUUGGCCAACCGUUCAUAGUUCUUCACCCUUCGAAAUAUGCGACCAUGUUGGCUGAAAGAAUGGACAAGGUUCAAGCUAAGUGCUGGCUUAUCAACACUGGAUGGGUUGGAGGCAAAUUUGGAGUAGGGUCACGAUGCUCCCUCAAGUAUACUCGAAAGUUGAUCGAUGCGAUCCACGAUGGAAGCUUGGCAAAAGCCGAGUUUGAAAACUUCGAUGUUUUCAACCUUUCCAUUCCCAAGACUUUACCGGAGGUGCCCGACACUGUGCUGAAUCCAGCCAAAGCUUGGAAGAACACUUCUUCAUUUGAGACCGAUAGAAAGAAACUGGCUACCAUGUUCAAAGACGCCUUCAAGAAGUAUGAGAAAGAGGUGUCUCAAGACGUAAAAGACGCUGGUCCUCAAGUCUAAGAGGCUGGAAUCGAUCCAAUACUUAACCUUCUCCGAAUACGGACAAACUUAUCCUCGGCUUUGGUUUGAAAAAGUCGCAAUCAUUUCGUUAAAAGGUCUAUCAGUUCUGACUUUGUUGUACAGCAGUUUCACCUUUUCUUACUCGGACUUGAUUCCUAUGGUUGUAAAUCUAGUCCAUUACUCUAUAGAAGUUUCGCAUUUCCGUCUUCUUUUUGUGCAUAGGCUGAGUAAUCAGAUAUUAGAAUUGCAACUCAUGUCCGCUGAUAUUUCAUCUUGAUGCGUUCAAAAUAACUCAUUCCGACUCAUCUUUUGUCUCAAGACGCCCAAACUCAUCAAGUUCUUCUUUCAUGAGAACAGAAAGGUCAUGUACUUCAUCAUGCCAUGCGAGAAACCACAUUUUUCAUGUGAAUGCUAACCGAAC